AUGCAUAUUCCCAGAUUUUUGAAAAUGUUCUCAUUUGGGUGCUUCACGUUGCUCUAUCUUGUGGAUGUUGUUUUGAUUUCGCUGCAGCUGCUUGGUCCAGCCGAUGGUUCUGCGUACAGGAUCAGCUUUUAUGGCCCGAAAUCGACGGCUGUUCGAUUUUCCAAUGAUACUUACAUCUCGCUGUACACCUGUUUUGAUUGCUCUUUAUAA